AUGACGACAUUUGCCCACAAGAAGGAUCGCUGCGCCACCGCAAGUGAGCACAUCACAACAAGAUCCUCAAAAAAGUUCUACAGCUGCACCAUCGAGAGCAUCCUGCCUGACUGGUUGCAUCAUCGCCUGGUAUGGCAACUGCUCGUCAUCCGACUGGCUAACGGGAGGGCGUGUGCCAGGGGAAAGAAGAGAGAGAAAAUGCAGACGGAGGUGCCAGUAGCCCUACCGCCGGAGAUAGGAGAGGAUACCAUAGCGGACGGGGAAGGGAGCGAGGAGACCAUAGCGGACGGGGAAGGGAGAGAGGAGACCACAGCAGACGGGGAAGGGAGAGAGGAGACCACAGCACACGGGGAAGGGAGGGAGGAGACCACAGCAGACGGGAAUGGGAGAGAGGAGACCACAGCACACGGGGAAGGGAGAGAGGAGACCACAGCACACGGGGAAGGGAGAGAGGAGACCACAGCACACGGGAAUGGGAGAGAGGAGACCACAGCACACGGGGAAGGGAGAGAGGAGACCACAGCACACGGGGAAGGGAGAGAGGAGACCACAGCACACGGGAAUGGGAGAGAGGAGACCACAGCACACGGGGAAGGGAGAGAGGAGACCACAGCAGACGGGAAUGGGAGAGAGGAGCAGCGUCCCCUCCAGAAGUCCUUUGCCGCCUCUCUGUGUCGUGAGUCUCACUGGAAGUGCCUCCUCUUGACUCUUCUCAUGUAUGGGUGUUUCGCCAUGCUGGGUUGGUGUGCAGUCUGCCGUGUGCCUGUCUUGGGUUCCGGGGAGCACGUGGUCGUCUCGGCUACGGCUGCCACUACCGCCACCUCCUCUGGCUUGCCUCAACUACACCUUGACAGCCCAUGUUCCAGUGGUUAUGUGUAUAUUCCUCUAGCCUUCCUCGCUAUGCUGUACGUGGUGUAUCUAGUGGAAUGCUGGCACUGUUACUCCAAGACCGCCAUUUUGGCUCACGCGGAGACGGCAGAGGUGUAUGAGCGUGUCACAAAGCUCCAGCAGGCCACUCCCUGUAUCUGGUGGAAGGCCAUCAGUUACCACUACGUCAGACGGACCAGACAGGUGACCAGGUAUCGCAACGGAGAUGCUUAUACCACCACACAGGUGUACCAUGAGAGGGUUAACACCCACGCCUCCAGCUCUGAGUUUGACUACGGUCGCCACCGGGUUAAAGACGUCUCCAAGAAGCUCCAGGGACUUCAGGAGCACCCGGCUGUCAGGCUACGCUUCACCAAGUGUUUCAGUUUCGCCAGCGCCCGUGCGGAGGCUGCAUACCUCACCCAGCGAGCACACUUCUUCGGAGACAACGAGGGUCUUGAUGAUUACAUGGAAGCGCGAGAGGGGAUGCAUCUAAAGAACGUUGAUUUCCGGGAGCAUAUCCUGGCGUUCCCGGACCCAACCCGGCAACCGUGGUAUUCCCGACCCCGGGUCUUCUGGCUAGCCUCAGCGUUCCUCUUCUCCUGGCCGCUCCGGGUCGUGUCGGAGUACUGCACGGCCCAUGUACACUACCACGUGGAGAAACUGUUCGGAGAGGAGACGAUCCGUGAGGGCGGAGGAGGCGACGGAGUGACGGAGGACGGAGGAACGACGGGAGGAGAGAGGAGCGUCAACGGCGGGGCGAGCUACAGAGCGAUAUCGCGGGUGAACACGGUGGACAUGACGGAGCUGGAGUGGCAUAUUCGCUGUAAUCAACAAAUGGUUCCUUCGUAUUCCGAAGCUCUUCUCAUGGACUUGGAGAGAGAGAGCAAUGGAGGAGUCAGUGGAACCGGAGAAACUAACACCACCUCAUCCACACCCGGAGCUCCAGGCUCAGACCCCAUCCAGGGGGGCAUCCCAGCUGGUAUGGCCCACCCAGUGGCCUUCUCUUCGGCUUACCUCCUCCAGAGCUGCCCCCGGUGCCGGAGAACCACGUCCAGCUCCAGCCUACCGUCCAGGCUAAGGGCACCGACAGGGAAUCAAGCUCUGCUGAACGGCACCGUGGCUGAGAUGAGGGUGAACGGUGUAGGGCAGGGGGGAGGAGGAGGAGGAGGAGGAGGAGGAGGAGGAGGAGGGAGGAGGUUAGUGUUGAGUCGUAGUGGGUUCUCUCUAGGGAGACUAGGGGGAACACGGCCGAGACCGGCGAGUCUGCUUCACUCUCGUAGUAUGGGGGGAGGACUGGGAGGAGGACGUGGGGAGGACGGAGGAGGAGGAGGAGGGGUACUGGGGUUAGGGUCCCCGCAGGGUCAGGAUGAUGAGGAGGAGAGUCGAGGAGUUCUGGAAGGAGAGAGGGAUGAAGAACAGGAGGAGGAGGAGGAGAGAGAUGAGGAAGCAGCGCACGAGGGAGGAGGAGGAGGAGCAGAGGUAGAUGAGGGGGUGAGGGAGGGAGAGAGAGAUAGACCUCCGUCUUAUCACGAUGCGUUUUUCUUCCCGGUGUUGAUCGUACACGGAGAGGAGAGCUGCCACGGUGGAGAUGAUGUGAUGGACAUAAUAGUAAACUAA